AUGGAGAUGUCGAGUGAUUCAGAUGUGGAAGAAUUAUUACUUUUAUAUGCUUUAUCACGGUCACAGAGAAAAAGAGUAUGGGUGCACGACAUCAAUCAAAAGAGAAAGGAUUUAGGAGAAUAUCAUCGUUUGUGUCGUGAGCUUGCAUCACAUGAAGAUCGUUUUUUUACAUACUUUCGUAUGUCUCAAGAAUUAUUCGUAGAACUACAUGAACUGCUCAUCCCAAAAAUAAGCAAAUGUACCACAAACUGGAGGACGCCUAUUUCUACAAGAGAAAGACUUGUAAUCUGUCUAAGGUACUUAGCUACGGGUGAUUCACAUCAGACCAUAGCCUUUUCCUUCCGAGUAGGUCGUUCAACAGUCGGUGGUAUUGUAAAAGAAGUCUGUACAGAAAUCUGGAAUACAUUACAACCAGAAUAUAUGCCAUCGUCUACUGAAGAGACAUGGAAACAAUCAGAGAAGGGUUAUAGGGAAACCUGGAACUUCCUGAAUUGUGUCGGUAGUAUUGACGGGAAACAUGUCUCUAUAAAGUGUCCCAAAAAUUGUGGAUCAGAAUAUUUUUGCUACAAGAAGUUUUUUUCUGUAGUUCUUCUUGCUAUAGUCGAUCCAUGUUACAAAUUCACCGUCAUAGAUGUCGGUAGUUACGGGCGGCAUAGUGAUAGUGGUAUAUUCGAGAACUCAAUAUUUUAUCGGCAAUAUAUCCACGGAAAAUCUCUGCUGCCAGAUAAACCUCUUCCAGGCACCGAGGAGCCCGUACCUCAUGUACUUAUCGGCGACAAAGGUUUUGCUUUAAAAACAUAUUUGAUGCGUCCAUUCCCAAGAGCCACUACACAAGACGAAAGAAAAAUAAAUUUUAAUAAAAGACUUUGCAGAGCACGUCGGGUGGUUGAAAAUACGUUCGGAAUAUUAGCACAAAAAUGGCGCAUUUUUUAA